AUGUCAUUGGAACGUGAGGAGUACGAUGACAAUUCUGAAGAUAGUGAUAUUCUCGACGCUGAUGACGGGGAUUAUUCAAGUGGUAAACCAUCAAAACCGCCUAAGAAGGAUACUGGUUAUAGCUGGGAAUCUGAGUAUAAACGGAGCUGGGAUGUCGUCGCAGAGGACGAAUCAGGUUCACUCACUACCUCUGUUAAUGCUUUUAUUGAGCGUAAUAAGCGCAGGCGGCGACUUGGUGGUGAAGCUAUACAGCGCGCUAUCAUCAGACAUACACUACUCGUUUUAGACCUCAGCAGCGCUAUGAGCGAUAGGGAUAUGCGUCCUAAUCGUUAUCUGCUAUCUCUCGAAUAUGCACGCGAAUAUGCACGCGAAUACUUUGACCAGAAUCCAAUCGGUCAGCUUGGUUGUAUUGCUAUGCGCAAUGGCGUGGCCGAAUGGAUUUCUAAAAUGACUGGAAGUGCACACGAUAUCACCAAAGCGUUAACCAACAAGAAUAAACUUGAGCCUUCUGGUGAGCCUUCCCUACAGAAUGCUUUGGAGAUGGGAAGAGCGUCUAUGACCCACCUCCCUACACACGCAUCAAAGGAAAUUGUCAUCGUUUAUGGCGCACUCACCACUUGCGACCCUGGAAAUAUUCAUGACACACUACGUUCACUUAUGAAUGACAAAGUUAGAGUUAAUAUAAUAUCUUUAGCAGCAGAAGUUAGAAUAUUACGUGAAAUUGCUGAGAAAACUGGUGGUACAUUCUACGUUGCCCUCGAUGAAGUUCAUUAUAAAGAUAUUCUAUUUGAGACUAUUCCGCCACCAGCAAUACACAAAGCCGACACGCCAAAUACAUUAAACACAUCAAACACAUCAAAUACUGCUGAUCUCAUGCAAAUGGUGAAUUACGUCGAGAAGGCUAUCUAUGUCCGAGAUGCGGUAGUAAGCUAUGUGAGAUACCAACAGAUUGCGCUGUUUGUGAUUUGGUUGUUGUUAGUAGUCCACAUCUAG